GUGCGGCUCGUGCCAUCAUCUGUGUCGACUGCCCAUUGUUCAGACUGGAGCUAAAAGCGGCUGCAAAUGACUUAAUACUGACGAAUCCUAAAAAAAAAUCCACGCUCAGAGACAGACGCUGCAAACGUGGGGAUUUCAUCAGGGUCCUCGAGCAGUCAGUGAAACACAAUGGACGACGAGCAGCCCAAAACCCUGUAUGUUGGGAAUCUGUCCUGUGACGUCACUGAAGCCUUAAUCUUGGAGCUGUUUGGUCAGAUUGGACCUUGCAAGAGCUGCAAAAUGAUUGUAGAUACUGCGGGUCAUGAUCCAUACUGCUUUGUGGAGUUUUAUGAGCAUAGACAUGCCACUGCCACAAUUGCAGCUAUGAACGGUCGGAAAAUAUUGGGUAAGGAAGUCAAAGUUAAUUGGGCUACUACACCAACAAAUCAAAAGAAAGACACAACGAAUCAUUUCCAUGUUUUUGUUGGUGAUUUAAGUCCAGAGAUAACGACAGAGGACAUCAAAGCAGCCUUUACGCCAUUCGGGAAAAUAUCAGAUUGUAGGGUUGUCAAAGAUAUGGCUACAGGAAAAUCCAAAGGCUAUGGCUUUGUUUCCUUCUUCAAUAAAUGUGAUGCUGAAAAUGCCAUUCAGCAGAUGGGAGGGCAGUGGCUGGGAGGAAGACAGAUCAGGACUAACUGGGCCACAAGAAAACCUGCUCCAAAAACUACAAAUGAAACAACCAAUGCCAAGCAGCUGUCAUUUGAUGAGGUGGUCAACCAGUCCAGUCAUAGCAACUGCACAGUUUAUUGUGGAGGCAUCACAUCUGGUCUCUCUGAACAAAUAAUGAGACAGACUUUCUCACCAUUUGGCCCAAUAAUGGAAAUCCGUGUUUUUCCUGACAAAGGCUACUCAUUUGUUCGAUUUAACUCUCAUGAAGCAGCUACUCAUGCCAUUGUUUCAGUAAACGGUACUUCCAUCGAGGGCUAUGUUGUCAAAUGUUAUUGGGGGAAGGAAACAACAGACUUGGUCUCCCCUGUACAGCAGAUACAGAUGCCACAGAACACAGUGAGCUUCGCAGCACAACCCUAUGGCCAGUGGGGUCCGUGGUAUAACACGCAGCAGAUCAGUCAAUAUGUUCCCAAUGGCUGGCAAAUGCCAAGUUUUGGAGUCUAUGGACAGUCUUGGGAUCAGCAGGGUUACAAUCACUUACAUGCUGGAGCGGGCUGGACUGGUGUAGCGACGCUGAGCAACGGCUUGGGGGACACAGCACAGGGGGUGAAUGGCACGGUGCUAACCACUCAGACGGGCAUGGGAACAGCUGGCUUCCACACGCACUGAACUCUGGCAACACAAGCUUUCCAUAGAGCGGGUGUUGUACUCGCAACCUCUCUGUAUUACAAAAAUGCCCUUUCAUGAGGAGGGUUUUUCUCGACCGUAUCGGCCUUUAGCUUCACCUGUUCCUCACCUGUACUCCUAUGCACUUCUUUAGUGGCAAUUUGUUGUCUUGACCAUUUUCAAAUGGACAAUGGCCCCAAAUGAAAGAAAUAAAACUGAUAGUGUGAAUCUUCAUUUUUACCCUCUCCAGGCCAAAGAACAAGAUCAGAAUUUGAAACCAAUGGAAAAGAGGUGUGGUCAGAUGGUUAUAGCUCAUUCCUUGGUAACAAUUUAAGAGUAAUUCAUUACGCUAUUUUCCUUUGAAAAUGCAACCUAAUCUAUUCUGCAUAUUCCCGCUACAAGCCAGUUUUAGAGUAAAUCACAGCACAAAAGGGGGGAGGGGAGACUUAUUACCAAGUCAUUUUUCUGUGAUUUAGUUAUAGACCUGUUGAGGCUUUAACCAAUCAAGUCCUGACUGUCCAGCUGUCUGUUACUCUCUGUAACUACAGACUUGAGACCCUGCGCAUGAAAAGAAACAUUCAAGUUCAUUGCUUUCUCUUGAUUCAAAAUGAACUAUGCCAUGUUUUCAAAUCCAGAAAAUAUUAUAAUUACUCUUCAUUUUCUUUGAAGGAACUUCAGAAUGUUUAAUUGUUAAUUAACUUUUUUUUUUGUGUUUGUAUUUUGGAAUUAUUUUAUGAAAUUGUUGCCAUUGCCAUUGUUUGUCUUAAAAUCUUGGAGUUUUGUGUUACUGAACAUGCUUUGUUUCUACAUCUCAUUAAAAUGCUCAUACGGAUUUUGUUAUGCAAC